UGUCCGCCCUUUGACUCCUCCCCGCUGAGAUCAAAUCCUCGGAGACUCCCCGGUCCGCCGCCGUCACUCCCCGGGAGACGCGGGCGUGUUUGGAAGCAUGCUGGCCUGCAGACGACUGGCUGCGCUGGGACUCCUGCUGGUGCUCUGCCAAGGCCGUGGGGAAGACGGCGGCGCCGACUCGUGCGACAACUUCACCGACUUGAACCUGUCUCACUGCUUCCUGGGCACCAACCUGUACGUGCGCCUGCUGCUCUACACUCGCGCCAACCCGGCGUGCGGGCGCGAGCUCCACCACCGGCGCUUCCCGUCCGAGCCGCUCUUCAACCUCUCCCGGCCCACCGCCUUCGUCGUCCACGGCUACCGGCCCACCGGAGCCCCGCCCGUGUGGAUCGACCGCCUGGUGCGUCUGCUGGCCGAGGGGCGGGACCUCAACGUCGUGGUGGUGGACUGGAACCGCGGUGCCGCCAACCUCAACUACCUCGCCGCCGUGGCCUACACCAGGGAGGCGGCCCACAACCUGACAGGCUUCAUCAGGGCCAUGCAGGAGGAAGGCGCCUCGCUGGGCUCCAUGCACCUCAUCGGCGUCAGUCUGGGGGCGCACCUCGCCGGCUUUGUGGGCGCCAACCUGAAGGGAAAGAUCGGACGCAUCACAGGUUUGGACCCGGCCGGACCUCUCUUCACCAGCGCCACGCCGGACGAGAGACUGGACCCGUCGGAUGCCAUGUUUGUGGACGUGCUCCAUACCGACAUGGACUCGUUUGGCCUGCGGGGGGCUCACGGUCACAUCGACUUCUAUGCCAACGGGGGGGCCGACCAGCCCGGCUGCCCCAAAACCAUCUUUGCCGGGAAGUCUUACUUCGUGUGCGACCACCAGCGUUCCAUGUUGCUGUACCUGUGCGCACUCAACCGCACUUGCAGCAUGAGGGCGUACCCGUGCGCGUCCUACGCCGACUUCCUGGAUGGACGCUGCCUGCAGUGCGAGGCCUUCAAACCCGCUUCCUGCCCGCAGCUCGGCUAUGAUGUCAUCCAGUGGCGGGAAAGUCUCUUGCGUCUGGGACAGACCAAAGUGUUCUUCAGCACCACGGCCUCGCAGCCCUACAGGAAGCUGAACUACAGGGUGGACAUGGUGACAUGGAACCAGUACCUCCGCUGGGGGGUGGUCUACAUCCGCCUGCACAGCGGCAGGAACGUCACCGAGGCCCGCGUAGACCACAAGCUUCUGCGCUUCGAGCAGUUCACAUCAACGCGUCUUCUGGCGCAGUUCGACGAGGACCUGCCGCACGUGCACAAGAUCUCCCUGCGGAUCAACACGGGCAAUGUGAUCGGCCCUCGCUACAAAAUCAGACUGUUGCAAAUACGACUGACGCCGCUCGAGCGCCCGGAAAGGCCGCUGAUGUGCCGCUUUGACAUCAUCAUGGAGGAGAACACAGAGGUGGCGUUCCGGCCCUUGUCGUGCGAUUCUCGUCGCUAAUCUAACGAGCACGGCGGCCAUCUUGAGGAGGACUGCAACCCAGAUGGACAAUGACUUCAUGGAUAACAGGAAGUACGUUUGUCAUGUGGACAAAACGAACUUUGAAGACUGUUUACCUCAUGGGCAUUCACCAAGUUUAAAACACAUUCACUGCCAUUGACGAUUUUAGAAGUCAAAUAUCCAUGUUAACUGGGAGAGCUAGCAGUGAAUGAGUUAGGGUGCCUUUGGGGAUUCAGUUGUCCAGGUCAAGGUAAUCCGUAGAAGUUGAGGUAACUCGACUCUCUGAAUAACUGCAACAGUUCCAACUUUAAACUGCAGCUAUUUUCAAAAU